AUGCUGAAAAGGCUUCACCCGGAAGACGAUGACCUCGAGAGCCAGAAACGAGCCAGAUCUAACAAUGGCUCUCCUCGUCCCACUACUCCAGCUGCAGCCCCCCCCUCUGCGACGACGGGGGCAAAGCCAGAUGUUGAUGCCAUAGUAGCCCGUGCCAAAGCCGCGGCUGCGGCAAGGGCGGCUGAAUUGAAGGCGAAGAUGGCGGCCAUGACGGGUGGUGGAUCGACGGCGUCACCUGCGACGACAGCGAGUGCGUCGCCGACUCCCCCUUCGAGUGUGAGCGAUAGGAUUGCUCAAAUGAGGGCUCGAGUGGCGGCAGCGACGGGUCGAGCGGCAGUACAGACUCCGCAAAGGUCGUCGACAAACUUUACUGCGCCAGCCUACAAUGAUGACAUGUCGAAAGCACGAGGAGGGCUGAACAUUGGUAUACACCCUGAUCUGCUGGCUGAUGCGCAACAUGAAGCGCAGAGGAACAAGGGACGACCACCGCAACCAAAGUUUCCAUCUGCCAUGGGAAAUCGAAGAAUGGAAUCACCUGCUCCAGUGAAGGCGCAGCUAGAUCUCUCCGGCCCUUCGUUGGAAGAACUCAAGGAUAACCCAUAUUUCGACGCGAGUCUGGGCUCUCGAAAUGUGUUGCCGAAAGCUCGACACUCUCGGCAGCUGGUCUUUAACCAAAAGGGCAAAUACAUCCAACAAGCGGCAGCACUUCGGCGUCAAGCGCAACUGGAAGCUAUGAAGAAGAAGAUCGCGGAACACGCAAGGCAGGCCGGAUUGGAAGAGGACCUUGAUACCGAGAAGGCGUUCCUCGUCCCUGCCCCUCCUGACCUGGAAUGGUGGGAUGAAGGCCUCGUCAAUGGCAAAUCCUACGAUGUCAUCUCUGACCCAGCAAACCUGAAGAUCGACACGCCGGAUAGCAUCAUCACGGUCUACAUACAGCACCCAGUACUCAUUGAGCCUCCACAGGAGAAGAAUAACCCGCCCCUAAAGCCCAUGUAUCUCACGUCGAAGGAACAAGCCAAACUGCGGCGUCAACGCCGCAUGGCCGAUCUCAAGGAAGAACAAGCCAAGAUCCGGCUGGGUCUUGUCCCUCCUCCUCCACCAAAAGUGAAAAAGAGCAACUUGAUGCGCGUACUGGGCGAGGAAGCUGUGAAAGACCCCACGGCCGUCGAAGCCCGGGUGAAUAGGGAGAUUGCCGAACGAGCGGCCAAAGCCCAAGAAGACAAUCUAGCUCGCAAACUCACGAAGGAACAGCGGGCCGAAAAGCUUGCUAGGCAGCAAGCCGAAGAUGCUGCCCGUGGGAUCCACGUCCGUGUGUACAAGAUCGACUCACUCGCCAACGGCAAACACCGAUACCAAGUCUCGGUCAACGCGGAUGAGAACGCCCUCACGGGCGUGGUCAUCAUGCACCCUAAGAUGAACCUCGUGGUGGUCGAAGGUGGCGAGCACAGCAUCCGCAACUACGACAAACUGAUGCAGAACCGCAUCCGCUGGACCGAGAUGGAGGCGCCGCGCUCCGUCGCACAGGGAAACCGCGAGGCGCUGGCCAAGUGGCUCGAGGCCGAGGACGAGAACGGCGAACUGAAGGACCUGAGCCUGAACAGGUGUGAGCUGAUCUUUAAGGGCGAGGAGAAGCAGCGCAACUUCAAGCGGUGGCUGGGGGCCCGGGUGUGCGAGACGGACGCCCAGGCCAAGGACGUUUUAAGCCGGGCAAAGAUGGAGAAUUUCUGGGCACUGGCGAAGACGUUCAAGAAAGAGGUCUGA